AUGUCAGAUGAAGAUAUUAAUUUCAAUGAUUUGGUGGGGAAUAUCCUAAACGCACAUAACAAUCAAGAAUCACAAAGUCAAGAUGAAUCACAUAUCCCUGUCUCUACUCAAGACCAUCAAGAGUUGCCAGAUUUCACAGCAGACGAUGAAUCAUAUUUAGAAGCUGUGGCAAAUGCCAUUCAAACCAUAGAUAAGAAUGAAAAUGAGAAUAUAGCCACUGACAAAGCUGAGCCUCCAAUAGAUAUACCGAGAACGAAUAAUAAUGAUAAACCCGAUACAAAUGCAACGACAACUACAAAAUCCAUUACAAAGUCUAAAGCAAAACCAAAUAAUCAAGAAUGGCCAUCACAAUUACAAAACAACAGUAAAAAUACACAAACUGACCAAUUAGAUCAAGAUGAUGAAAACUUAAGAAUGGCCAUUCUUCAAUCUUUAAAUCAAUUGACAGAUGAUAUACUGGUUCCUGAACCUAUUACUCUUACUUCAGAAAACAAUAAUGUUGUUGAUUCUUCAAAACCUUCUAAAAAAGCAUCCACAAAGAAAAAAAAGAAAUCGCAUUCCAAAGUUUCUUCCUCAUCGACUACAAGUCAAACUUUGUCAAAAAUUAAAUCAGAUACGAUAACAAAAUCUGCUGCACCUUCACAAAAAUCUUCAUCACUUUCUAGAAAAAAGAAGAAAAAGGAUUCUAUUUCUACUGUUUCCGCAACUAAGCAUAAAGAUUCCAAAAAAUCAAAAUCAAAAGAUAAAAAAUCAUCAUCUCAACCUUCCACAGCUAAUACCAAUAUCAACAUUAAUACAAAUGAUGAUGACGAUGAUGAUCUUCUCAAUUUUGAAGAUAUUAUUAAAAAUUUCAUGCAGCAAGGUUUGACCGAUGAUGCAUCUAACCAUAUUGAUCAAUCAUCUACUCUACCUGAAGAAUCUCAAUCCAUCAUUACUGCAGAUGAAACACAAGCUUUAGUAGAGGCAGCUACAAAGGCAUUUGAACAAAACUUAAUAGAUACUACUGAACCCAUUUCAUUUUCUUCAAGACACGAUUCUUUAAAUAAAGUAAUAAAAUUAUCUGAACCAUCGAUAUCAAUAUCAAAAUCAAAAUCAAAAUCAAAAACCAAAGAUAAAGAUAGAGAUAAGAGCAAAGAUAAGAGUAAAGACAAGGAUAAAGACAGAUAUAAAGACAAGGAGAAGAUAAAAUCAAAAAGUAAAAAUAAAGAUAAGGAAAAAUCCAAAGAUAAAGAUAAAGAUAAAGAUAGGUCUAAAGAAAAAACUAAGGAGAAUGAGAAAUUGAAAUCCAAAGAAAAAGACAGAGAAAGAGAAAAAGAAUCGAAAAGUAAAUCAAAAUCAAAACUUUCCAAGCAUAAAGAUAAAGACCCGAAUAAUAGUAAUAUUAAUGAUAAUGAUAGUAAUAAUAAUAAUGCAUUAGACUCUUUGAAGAAAAAGAAAAAAUUGAAAAAAGUCAAGAAGAAAUUACCUAAAAAAGUAGAGCCUUCAACACCACAACAAAGAGUAACUCACAUCGAUUCAAAUGAUUUUUCGAAAGCUCUAGAAGAAGUAGUAAAUAGUGUUGUCAACACUUCUUUAUUAACUACAUCUCCUUCAUCACCAGUUGAAACUCCGCAUACAGAUGAUGCCCCUGGAAAACCAACAUUCUCUUCUAUACCUUUAUUAAUUGAAAAUUUAUAUCUUUCAAAUGAUGAUACUAAUAUUCCUACUACUUCUCAAGUUCCUAAUGAUGAUGACAACACUAGCAAUACAGCUGUAAUACCUACUGUCCUCCAUGAUAAAGAUGAUAAUAAUUUAGAACAAGCUGAUGAUGGUAAUUUUGAUCUAAAUCAAAUCAUGCAAAAAGCUAUGCUAUUGGCUUUUAAUGAAGAACAAAAUGAUGAAAAUGAAAUGAAUAAUAAUAAGAAUAAUAACAGUAAUAUUAUUAAUGAUAAUAGCAACAAUAAUCGUUUAGAACCGAAUCUUGGUGAUUUCAAUGUUAAAGAUAUAUUAUUACCUUCAAAGGUAUCUCCAAAAUUGUCCAAAUUUCAUGAACAUAAAUCGAAAUCAAAAAAAUCAAAAAGAUCAAGUAGUUCUAAAGAUAAAAAGUUAUCAAGAGAAAAACGUAAAGAGAAACAAAGGGAAAAAUCAAGAGAAAGGCAUAAAGAAAGGGAAAAAGAAAGGGAACAUGAAAGAAAUAAAAAAAUAUUAAAAGCAUUAAAUGAAUCAAGUUCAUUAAGUUUAAUGGAGCCGCUUAAAGCAACUUCGACACAUUUGUUAACUCAAGAUCAUUUCAAAAAACGUUACAAGAAAAUUGCUUCACAAGUAGCAGAAGUUGCAAAAAAGAGAAAUCGUGAUAAGCGUAAAGCAAUUAAAGCUAAAAAGCAAGAAGAACAACUAAAGGCAAGAGAAUUGAAAAAAAUAAGAAAGAGAGAAGAACUGAAUAAGCAAGAACGAGAAAGAAAGGAAUUAGAGGAAAUAGUUUCUAGAGGGCCUCCUUACCCGUAUGAUUUGAGAUUAACGAAAAAUGGUAAACCUAAAAAACCGUAUAGAAGAUGGACACCAGAAGAAUUAGCUAAAAGAAAUUUACUGAACUCCACGAACAGUGGCAAAGUUUCCAAGAAAAGGAAAGAUGGGAAAACUGAAUUAUUGGAAGAUACAUUAAGACGAAUUGCGCUUUUAUCUGAGAAUAGUACUAAUGUAUACGUCAGAAAUGAAGGUAAAGAUGCUGGUAUUGAAAAUAAUGAUAGUACAAUCACAACAACUACAAAUAGGUCUUUGUUGAAUAAUAUUGAAGGUUCAUUGAUCAAUAGCAAUCGCUUCCAAAGCUUGACAGGGGAUCUAUCAAAAUUAUCAGCACAAGAGGUUCAGGACUUAAAAGAAUAUGCUACUAGAAAAUUGGAGGAAGAAAGAAAUAAAACUAAGUCUAAGAAAACUAGAAAACAUACUUUUGAUCCGAAUGCCAAAACUGUUGUUCAUAAGGAAAAAAUUAAAUUUCAUCCACCUUGGUCAAUUCCAUUGCAUCCUCCAAUGGUAUUGCCAAUAGCAAGAAAGAAUAUUAAAAGACAUUUGCAUAGAUGGCAUUCAUCUAAAAUACACAAGAAAGAAAAAAGAAUUAGAGUUACUAGGUCAGUUCCACAAUCACUAAAUUUCACAGGUCCUAAAGAAUCCAUUGUACCAGCAUUCCUAGCACCUAUUAUCAAUACUUUGAAACUUGCAGCUAAAGCUAAAUUGAAAUCAGGGGCUACUGCGGAAGAGACCAAUAAACAUUUGAUGUAUAUUUUAAAAGCAACAAAGAAAACACUAAGUGAUUCUAUUCUUAAAUCGAAAAUUGGUUUUAGCCGUACUCAUCCAAUUAAAAUCGAAACGGGUAAGUCUAUUCCUCCAGCACCUACGAAAAAGCCUCUAAAUAUACCUAUCUUUAGCUUAGCAAGCAUCCGUAAAAUUGACACUUCUGAUGAUACCACCCAAUCCAAUGAUAUUAAAAAUAAAGAAGCUCAACAGAAAAAGGUACUAUUAACUAAUACAAUUCAUGCUUCAGUUACUAGUGUUGAUAUCGAUAUAGAUAAAGUGAAUGUCUCUGAUUCUAUCCCCGAUAAAUCUUUAUCAAUAAUAAAAGUUGAAGGUAAUAAAAAAGUUGACUCAUCUUUGGCACAUAGUACAACAAUAACAGGACCUUCAAUUGCAUCUACACCUUCUACCUCUCUACAUGACUCUCAUGUAGUCUCAAUGCCUACCAGUCAUGCUAGGAAAUCUACUAAUAUAUCCCUAGAGCUUUCGCCAUCUGUUUCAGAACAUUUAUCAUUAGAUCAUGAUAAUUUAGCAACUGGGGCUAAAAAUAAGGAUAUUGGUAUAUCAACUAUUGCAUAUGCAGAUCAAGCAGACAAGGGAAAAGAUGAGUAUGUUAAUGAUAUUUCUUCAACUUUAGACCUUCACAAUACUACCCACUCUAUUGGAGACGCGAUAAAUGCAAAAGAAAAUGUAAAUCAUGCUCAGACAGAUGCUUCAGUAAUAGAGAGUUCUGAUUUAUUAGGCGCUACCAAAACAAUGGAAAUAAUUGAAAAUCCAGAAACUAAUCACAACAUUGAAGGAUCAAAUUCAGAACCUAUUAUCAUAAAAGAUGAGCCUAUAAACUCAAUUAUCUCGAUACCGCUACAUCCUUCUUUGCCAAAUGAUUUAUCAUCCAUCUCGAAAGAUGUGAAUUUGAACUCUGCUUCAAAUAAAGAAGACUUGAAUGUUAGUGAUAGUAAAAAUGAUACAAAUCUAUCAUUACCGUUGCUAAUUGGCUCCUCUACUGGUGAGUUUACUAAUGACAAUGAGCCUAAACCAUCUUUGGCAGAAAUAUUACAAAACGUGGAAGAUAUUAACUCAAACCAAAAUAGAAACGAACUCAAUAAUAAUAGUAUGACAGAGGCAGAUCAAAUUAAGCCUAUACCCGAAUCUAUUUUACAUAUCAAUGGUCCUAUGGAUCAUAAAAAGCAUGUAAACAGUUUUACUCCAAAACUUAACAGGGUCUCAAAGAUUGAUACUAGUUCCAAUACCUCAAACAUCCAAGGCAUACUAGAAGAAAUUGUCAAGGAGCAACUGAUUAAAAAAAAUGGGAACUCUGAAAUCAUACCAGCAGGGUUAACAACAAUAAUUAAAAAUACUAUUAACUCUCUUUUACCCCUUGAAGAAAAUAAAAAUACGAUCGAUGUAGAGUCUUUAAUAAACCCAGUAUUUCCUGCUCUUAAUGGUUUACCCCCACCACCAAAUUUCAAAGAAACAUUAGAGGCUCAACAACAUGCUAAAGCCAUUAAAGAGGUAGCACCAACUGCUACUUUCUUAAUUCGUAAACAAGAUCGAUUGAAGCAAGCCAGUAAUGAAAAACCUAAAAACUGGGUUGACUUUGAAAUACCAGAAAUGUUCACUAUACCUGGUAAAAGAUCUAUAGUGUUACGCUAUGCUAGAAAACUGUUCGAUAAAGAUGAAAUGGAUAAAUUGAACAGAAUGUUAAAUAAUGAAAGAAAAAGAAAAUGGAGAAGCGCAAAUGUGCUACGUAAUUGGGAGCAUGAAACUAGAGCGAGAAUAAAAAGAUUAUCAAAUAAUAAGUUUAAGGGAAACAAUAAUAUUACAGAAGAGGAAAAAGAGCAAUGGAUGGAAGCUGAGUUUGAAAAUAGAAUGCGUGAUCACAAUGUGACACGUGCAGAUAUUGAGAAUUCAGGUACUACAGGUAAAGUUAAAGGUUCUAGUAUGUUAGAUGAUAGCGAAGUACUUAAUUAUAUUGUUCAAUUUACCGGAUCCAUUGAGACAUCCAAAAAAAUUGAAAAAUGGUUACAAGAGGAUGCUAAAUACUUUAUGAAUAAUUCCCAGCAACCUCUAACCCAAUUGUCUCUUUCUCAAUUGCCAAUUUCUAAACCUCCCUCAAUCACCAUUGAGAAAGUUACUACACCUGGUACAAUGAUUACUGGUUAG